ACAGCUCUUGCAACCACACUAGUCCCGAAACCACUAGCCAUGAAGGUAUUCAUCGUUCUUGCAGUGAGCAUCGCCAGCAUGGCGGCAGGUGGCUACGCCACAAAGGUAGCCACCGGCCAGCAGAAGACGCUGGACAAACGCAGUCCUUGGGGAUUGUUCUACGGCGGAUUUGGAGACAGUUUAGCGCGAUCGGACGAUGUACAUGGGCACGGGGUAGCAUCGUUUGCGGCGCCACAGCAGCAGUACGGUAGUGGAUGGCAUCAGGAAUAUCAGCCACAGGGACAUCACUGGGCGCAGGCAGACCACGAACCGAAGUCACUAAGUCAUACUCCGGUGCACGAGUGGCAGGCUGAGCGAGUGGCUGCACCCGUCCACUACGACGAACAUGCCCAACAGCACCAGUUCCACUUUGGAGGUUCGUUCGAGCAGCCGAAGGUGGAGCAAUCGUACGGCUGGCAGCAGCAGCAGCAGCAGCAGCACCAUACCCUACAGGACGAGGAUACUUACAAGGACUGGGGACUGCAGCAUCAGCAGCUCCAGCAGGGAGGCUCUUCCCACGAGUGGAACCACGACGAAGGGAAGGAGAAGGAGCUGACUGGUCAUGGUGAUUGGGCACCGCUGUCGGCCGGCAGUGCCGAUCUGCUCAAGGAGCACUCCGCCCAGUCGGUGACGACGGAAACGAAGGAAGAGCAUCACCAGGAGUGGGCCCCCAUUGAGGGAAAGGCCGAGGAGCACAAGGAGGAGCAUCACCAUACGAAGAUCAUCAAGGUGCCGUACCCGGUGCACAUCGAGAAACCCUACCCCGUGUACAUCGAGAAGCCGUUCAUCGUGGAAAAGCCGGUGCCACUGAAGCUGUACAUUAAGAAGAAGCAUCAUCACUAGACAUUAAGGCAAACAACGUGUAAAGUCAACUAGGUUAGGAACGAAACAUUUGUAACUGAUAAGUGUUAAACUAAAGGACACACCUGU